GAGAUGAGUCCCGGAUGUAAGAAUGGUAGAUGUUCCUAUCGUUUAUGGACAGUUCGAUGACGCUGGCAAUGACUCUUCUCCCAUUCAGGAUGAGGUCCAUGGCGAUGACGACGAUGACAACAGUGAAGAAGAAGACUUGAAAGACUGGGAUUGGGAGGAUGAAAUUUCAGAUUUUACGAAAAAGUUUAAUGCAGCCAGACAGCAAGCAGUUCAGCCUAAUUCGAAUCAAAGGAGCAAGGAUGACAGAAAGAUGCUGCAACCUGCAGAAAAAGCGAUAAGAAAGUUUGCUCACAAGAUCAAUGUCGAAAGCUUUGCCGGUCCAGCAGUGUCCGGAAAAGCUAUUGAUACUCUCAGAGAGCUACAAGCUGGAAGGGUUCGUGUUAAAGAUAAGUCGGAUCGAGCCACCAUUGAACAGGUAUUGGAUCCUCGGACGAGAAUGAUUUUGUUCAAACUGCUUAGCAGAGGUGUCGUGGAAGAAAUUUGUGGUUGUGUUAGUACGGGUAAAGAGGCAAAUGUUUACUAUGCCACAUCGUGUCAAGAUGGUCAGCCAGCUGAUUGUGCUGUCAAGAUUUAUAAGACAUCAAUUCUACUAUUCAAAGAUCGAGAUAAAUAUGUAACAGGUGAAUACCGGUUCAGACAUGGAUAUGCGCGACACAAUCCUCGUAAGAUGGUCAGAACUUGGGCAGAGAAGGAAAUGAGAAACUUGACAAGGAUUUACGGUAGUGGAGUGCCGUGUCCUGUUCCAGUUGUACUUAAAAGCCACAUCCUUGUUAUGAGUUUUCUUGGCAACGAUGGCUGGCCGGCACCGAAGUUGAAAGAUACUAGUCUGUCUGAAGAAAAGUAUGAAGAACUGUACCUCCAAUGUAUUAGAGACAUCCGUACUAUCUACCGAGUAUGUCGUCUCGUCCAUGCAGAUCUCAGUGAAUUUAACCUUCUGUAUUUCAACGGUCGGUGCUAUGUAAUUGAUGUGUCUCAGUCUGUGGAGCAUGAUCAUCCACAUGCACUCGAAUUCCUUAGGAAAGACUGCACUAACAUAACUGCAUUUUUUCAGAAGAAGGGUGUUUGUGUGCUGUCAUUGAGGCAACUGUUCGACUUCGUCACUGAUCCUAAUGUUGCUGAUGACAAUAUUGAUUUGUAUCUCGAUAAGGCAUUAUCGAUUGCUUCGGAAAGAAUUGUAAGUGGUGUAAGUGAAGAGCACAAGGUGGAUGAAGAGGUUUUUAGGCACUCGUACAUUCCUCGUACCCUAAAUGAGGUGGUCGAUAUUGAACGAGAUCUUCAUGAGGCUCAGGAAGGAAGAAGAGCUGAGAUUUUCUACCAGACAUUAACUGGACUGAAGCCUGAUCUAUCAGGUGCCCAACAGGUCCCAGCUCUGUUAGAUGAGUUACCACCCGAAGCUACUGAGACAAUGUGCGAUGACAUAUCAGUUGAAGGUGACAGAGAAUCGAGUUCAGAAGACAACGAAGAUGACAACACCCAGGCUAGCAGCGUCAUUCUGAAACAACUAGAGGAAGAGCAGCAAGUGAAUAAGAAAGAGCAUAAGAAGCUUGUGAAAGAAGCCAAUAGAGAGAGGAGGAAGCACAAAAUGCCUAAGAAUGUCAAGAAGCAGAAAGAGAAGGAAAGCAAACAGACUCACUCAAAGAGCAGCCGUAGACCCUGAUAUGCGUAUUUGGAAUCUGUCAAGUUAGAUUUUGUUAAAAUGAGAAAUAUAUCUAAAUGGAC